UUUCCCAUCACAUAAAAGUCAAAAAUACAUUAUAGUAUACAUCAACCACUUUACAUGUACAAAAUUUAAUUGAAAUUUGAAAGGCUAGCUUAUUGUUUUUUUCAUCUUGAAAGAUGUCUAAGCCAAAUGCAAGAAGAUAUGCAAUAGAGAAACACAAUAAAGAGGAGUCUAUAAUUAGCAAUAAUUAUGGGAAUAACUUGUUUUAUUUAUCCAAACAUUUGAAAAAAGUUUACCCAAUAGAGCUUCACAAAACUUUUAUAAAUGAUUUUUCUUCUCCAUUGGAUCAUAAAAAAAGAGAAAUUCUAGACAACAAUAUUGUUGUUCCACAAGUUAUUCCAUGUCCUAAUGAGAAAGAGCUUAUGAGGUGUAGCUGGAUAACUAAUACCACAGAUAAGGUUUAUGUGCAAUUCCAUGAUGAAUGCUGGGGUGUUCCAGUUUAUGAUGACCAUCAAUUGUUUGAGUUACUUUCUUUGGCUGGCUUGUUGAUGGAUUUCAACUGGACUGAAAUUUUAAAGAUAAGGGAACAAAUAAGAGAAGCCUUUGUUGGAUUCAAUGCAAAGCAAGUGGCUGAAAUGGGAGAGAAAGAUAUUAAUGAAUUGGUGUCCAAUGUGUCCCUCAUGUUGGCUGAAAAUAGAGUUAGAUCAAUAGUUAACAACGCCAAAUGCAUAGUCAAGAUUGGGGAGGAAUUUGGAUCUUUGAGUUGCUACAUGUGGAACCAUAUGAAUUAUAAAGCAAUAAUUAACAGAUUUAAAAAUGCAAGAAAUGUACCAUUAAGAAGUCCAAAAGCAGAAGCAAUUAGCAAAGAUUUAGUGAAGAGGGGAUUAAGACAUGUUGGUCCAGUUGUUAUUAAUUCAUUCAUGCAAGCUGCUGGAAUGACUAAUGAUCAUUUGAUUUAUUGUUUUAGACAUAAACAAUGUGUUAAUCUUGCUGAAAGACCUUGGAGGCAUGUUUAAAUUGUAAUAAUUCCCACAAAUAAAAAAUCUUCUUUUUGUAAGUGAAUUUUUAAUAUAUCAACCUUUUUUAAGA